GAGCCGAGCUGCAGUGACGGAGCGACGUGCGUAGGGCGGUGUUCUCACGUAAAGAAAAGCUCGGUGUGGAACAUCUGGAAUAGUGCUUUAGUAUCUACAGCGGGAUCUGUGCACUAGUUGUGAUCACUUCAACUCCUUAAACUCCUUAACACUCAUUUUUAAAGGGACAUUUACCACAGCCUUUGCUUUCUAUCUAUCAGAAAAUGCUGCUCAUUCUGCUCGGAGUGCUCAUCUUCCACCUCAUCAUCCUGGUCUUACUGUUUGUCUCAACAAUUGCCAAUGCCUGGACAGUAGGAGGAACCAAGAAUACUGACCUGUGGUACAGCUGUCUCACUACUAACGGAGCAUAUCACUGCAGUUCUGCCAGCAAUGAAGACUGGAUCCAGGCGGUUCAGGCCCUCAUGGUCCUGUCAGUGCUGUUCUGCCUCUUCUCUCUGGUCUUCUUCAUGUGUCAGCUCUUCACCCUGGUCAAAGGAGGACGCUUCUUCUUCACCGCCGUCUUCCAGAUCCUCGCCAGUCUGUUUGUGAUGUGUGGAGCUAUAAUCUACACGGUAAUGAGUCCGGAUAGGGAGGGGGAAGCUGCGUUCGGCUUUGCCUACAUCUUGGCCUGGGUGUCCUUCCCUCUGUGUCUGGUCAGUGGUCUCAUCUACAUCGUACUGAGGAAGAGGGAAUGAGGGAGGGAGGCUGAGGUUAAGACCUCAUACCACCAGCAGCAGCAGAACACAGCACUGUGUCCCAGGGUUCGGGUCAAUUCUGUUAGAAUUCCAGUCAAUUCAGGAAAUACACUACCAUUCCAGUUCUCUUCAAUGCUUCUUCAUGAGGUUUACUUUCUGAAUUGAUAGAAAUUCAAAUGGAAUUGAAUUGACCACAACCAUGCUGUGCCCACUGACCACCAGAGGAGGCUGGUGAGGGGAGGAUAAAUGGUUCACAUAGUGUUUGUUUUCCAUCAAAUACUUUGAGCCGUUGGUUAGAUUGAGUGUUUGCACCUUUGGGAUUAUUCCAUUGGUUUCAUUGUGCCAGGCAAGCUCCAUCAAGCCCAGCUAAGGCAUUUGUAAGAAAACAAAUCAUAUGUGAACCCAAGUCUACAUUAUACAAACCAAUCACAGGUGGUCAUGACUGAAGCGGAAUCAGUGGAAUGGUUUCAAAUACAUCAAACACAUGGAAACCAUGGAAACCAUUCAAUUUGCGCAGUUCCGUCUUUUAUUAUGAUCCGUCCUCCCCUCAGCAGCCUCCACUGACAGCCACGUGUGAGGGAACUACAGAGGAGAACAGACAGCCCGUGUUACAGUGUAAAGAUGCACAUAGUGUCUAUGGUUUUAGACAUAUUUAUAACACUUUUUACAUGACCUUUUGUACAUAGUUUUGUCGAGUUGCUUUGUUGAGCUCAGUUCAUUGUCAGAGCUUGUUUGUUUCAUACUUUCUCCUCCGUGCCAAAGAGAUAAAGCUGUGAUAUCAGCUUUUAGUAAAAAAGACCACAUGUUUAAAGCCUUUUAAACAUUUAUUUUUGCUUUACUAAAGUGUAGUGUCAACUCCUAGCUUGUCCUUGUCAAGCCAAACAAGACAAUUCCAUAAAUAGUUGUCUUGAAGGCAAGAACAGACUGGCAAUCAGGCUCCUCAAAUCCUUCAGACAAAGUGACUCCAUCAACAACAUCAGUUUUCUUGAUGAAGGAAAAUGGGGAUGUGUUUCAGUAGAACCAACUAAUUAUAAUUUUGUUCAUAACCAUUACUACUUUGUCUUUGUACUGUCCUGUAUUGUCUAUUAAGAUUCUGAACUGAAAAUGGUGUUUUGUAUCUGCCGUUCUUCUACUGUAUAUCCUACUUGCUGAUGUUGUUAUUAAUUCGUUUUAACAACGCUUGAAUUGUAUAGCCUACUUGUUUUGUGUUGCUAUUAAAUGAUUUGAACAAUG